CAAGCCUGGUUGACAUACGGUGCGUCGUGAGCGCCAGCUGAGUGCGCCUGCUUUGCUAUGAAGAGUAAACAAAGUAGUAUUGAAAUAGCACCCCGUUCAUAAAUUGCAGUUUAUAAGUUCCAGAUUUUCUUACUAUCACCCGCAGAGUGCGCGACACAAGUUAAAAAAGUUUGUCAUCUGUGUUAAUAUACAAUGCAGUUUGCGUCCACUUUCGCUCCUUUUGUGUUCAAACAUGCUGUCGUAAAAUUCGUCCCUUCAGUUUGGAGCUGUGCCUCCGGUUUCUGACGUUAUUGUCAGGUAUCUUCUAAGCUUAGUUGCCUUCGACAACUUAUCUCUCGAGAAAAGUGCCCUGCAACUUCAAGCAUGUGGUACAGCGCUGCAUCGCGACUGCCCUGUCGAGCUACGGCAGCGGGCUACCGCCUGUGUCAGACAACGGCGGCAAAGCCCGAGUGCGGCUCGCGACAGCCGCGUCUGUACGGGCAGCCGACGGCAGCCACGCACCCGCACCUACUCCGCGAAGGCGAGCUUACACCUGGCCUGACGCGGCAGGAGUUCGCCGACAGGCGGCAAAAGCUCAUCGAUGACAUUCUGCAGUUGUGUGCGGUCUCAGGAUCUCCGGGAACCAGGACUACAAAAAACCACGCAGUUAUCGUCCUCUCAGCCACAAAGGCAUACAUGUCCGACAAGAUCCCCUACCCAUUUCGUCAGAACUCCGACUUCUUGUACCUAACUGGCUUCCAAGAGCCUGACAGUGCCCUGGUGAUUCACACAAGCACGAAUCGGCAAGAACCCAAGUCAGUGAUGUUUGUUCCGCAGCGAGAUGCACAUGCCGAGCUUUGGGACGGACCGUGUGCUGGUCCCCAUGGUGCUGUAGAUCUUCUGGGUGUAGAUGCAGCUUAUGAAAUAGGAGAGCUUGAAAGUUAUGUUGGCAAGCUGCUGAAAGCAAAGUAUCCUACGACUCUCUGGUAUGACAAUGCACCUAGUCGACCUGAAGCAAGUAAUAUCCUCAGGCGGCUUGCCGACAGCAACAAGAGCAAUGUGGCAGUAGAGUCCCCUCGUUUGUUAAUACAAAAGCUACGGCUGAUAAAGUCUGAGGCAGAACAGGAGCUGAUGAAGCAGACCUGUAGGGUAGCCUGUGAAGCCAUGAUGGAAGUGAUGCGAGCGUCUCACGCAGGGGUGACAGAGGCACAAUUGCAUUCAAAAAUGGAGUUUGAGUGUCGUAUACGUGGUGCCCAGCGGCUCGCCUAUCCACCGGUUGUUGCCGGAGGUGCACGAGCAAAUGUCAUUCACUAUGUGGCCAACGACCAGCGAGUUCUAGGUGGUGAACUUGUGCUAAUGGAUGGAGGAUGUGAACUUCAUGGUUACACCAGCGACUUGACACGAACAUGGCCUGUAAAUGGCCAGUUUGAGUCAGGCCAGCGGGAGUUAUACGAACUGCUCUGGGAUGUCCAGCAGCUACUGCUACGAAAAUUGGAGGGGCCGAUGUCACUUGAUGCCCUGUUUCACAUCAUGUGUGCCCAGCUUGGACAACGGCUACGAGAAGCUGGCAUUCUGUCACCUCACAUUUCAGACUCUGAGCUUGUGCAGGAAGCCCAUAAACUGUGCCCACACCACGUCGGACACUACUUGGGAAUGGACGUCCAUGAUACGCCCCUGAUCCCUCGCAGCCUGCGUCUUGCUCCAGGUUCAGUGCUCACGGUAGAGCCAGGUAUCUACAUACCCGACAGCAACACUAAAGUUGCCGAAAAAUUUCGUGGAGUGGGCAUGCGCAUAGAGGAUGACGUACUCAUGACCAGCAACGGACCGGAAGUGCUGACCGAGAGUUGUGCCCGUGAACCAGACCUGCUAGAGAAACUUUCCAGUGGUUUUCCUUCCGAGGUGAAGAGAUGAGCGCGGCACUCAUGACUCUUUUGAGGUGUGCCUGCUCUGAGAAGAUGCCCAGUAGGACUCGUAGAACUGAACGGACUCUGGCGAGAUGCGCGGCUGGACCAGCUUCAGCGCCGCCUCCAGGUGCCAACCCUUGAUGCACGUGGCAUUUAUGUCUUCCUCCAAGGCACGCAGCGCUGCUUCUUGGCAGACAGCCACAACCUGUUGAGUGACGGGUUUAUAAUUACUAACUGAACAGUCAUCAAUGCCAGUGUACCAUUUUUAGGUCUUUGACAAACACAACAGAACUCUCCCUUAGAAAAGAAAAGUGUUGUGAAAGAGGGAAACAGGAAAGACAGUGCAAAAUUUCAAGAGGAGCGUGCCGAAACGUGGGGAGCUGCAACAGAAACUGACAGUGGAUAACAUGACAAUUUCUACACUACCUCUUCCACCAACAGCCUGAGCAGGGCUUUCUGUAAUUGCACUAGCAGUGUCCCUGGCUGCUGAUGUUAUCACAAAACUUGGGCAUGUAGGCAGCAAGCCAGAGUAAUUUACAGUAUGGCAACUAGUUGUUAUUUAGCUGUUGGCAGCAAUCUGAAUCAAGCAUAAAGUGCUUAAAGCCACUUUUAUGAUUUCUGUUGUGCAUCUUGACAGUGUAUUCCAGUACGUGUAUGGCGGCACUCGUUCCAUGUCUGGAAGUUAAUCCGACACUUAGUGCCAAAUGCUGCCAUGCUGAUUUUUUAUAGCAUAUCUUCAAAUUAUAGCAUACUGCUUCUGUGUGUCCUCAUGGUGUGCCUUCUAAAGAACUGCAUUCUUGCAAAAGAAUAAAAAUGACAUUGUUUCAGGCCUCAAGUAAC